AUGAUUCAGGUGGGAUAUCGUGAUGCUCUCGGAAAUGACCGAGCAGACAUCGAAAACGAAAUUUUGAAAACAAACUUGGAUGUAAAUGGCAAUCCUAUUGGAAAAACGGACAAAUCCCAAGUAACGGUCACCGUUCCAACGAAAGAAGAAGUAUUAGAGAACACAAAGCACGAUGACGAUGAAAUCGUAGUCAUAGAUGACAAGAAGGAGUGCGGCGACUGUUUCGGAGCCAAAGAAAAGUCGGAGUGCUGCAAUACAUGUGAAGAGCUCAUCGCAGCCUACCGCAAGAAGAACUGGGAUGUGGAUAGAAUAAAGGCACAGGCGCCCCAAUGCGCAGGUUUUAACUACUUGCAGAAGUGGAAAAAUGGCGUGGAACGAGGUUGCCGUUUGGAGGGAAAACUUUCCAUUACGAAAGUACAAGGUCAUGUUUUUAUUAUCCCUGGCCGGAUAAACGAUUUAUUAAGCAACUCGGAGAUUCGGCAGAUUGCCAAUUCGCUGAAUGUCACGCACACAAUCCAUCAUUUUUCUCUUGGCGAAGCAAUUCCAGAGCAGAAAAAUCCCUUCGUGGACCACCGUGGCGUGAUGGCGGUGGACCAUGCUUCCAUGUACCAGUAUUUUGUGAACGCAAUCCCAACCACUUACAUUAACAAAUCAGGGAAGGAGUUAAAGAGCUAUCAGUCGAUGUUUUUCUGUUUUGAUGAAUUGUAG